AUGGCGCUGGCGCGGCUGGAGCGGGACCCGGCGGGCGCGGGACGGUUCGGCUCCGCCGUACCCCCCCUCUGCCGCCACCGGCCCUGCGCGCUCGGCGUGGACGAGGCGGGGCGGGGGCCGGUGCUGGGGCCGAUGGUUUAUGGGAUCUGCUACUGCCCCGUGGAGAAGCUGGAGGAGCUGGAGGCGCUGGGGGUGGCAGACUCGAAGACGCUGUCGGAGGGGGAGCGGGAGCGGCGCUUCGGGCUGCUGGAGGCGGCGAGCGACGUCCUGGGGUGGGCACUGCACGUGCUGCCCCCCGACCACAUCUCUGCCUGCAUGCAGCAGCGACCCAAGUACAACCUGAACGAGCUGUCCCAGGAUACGGCCGAGGGCCUCAUCCAAUUUGCGCUGGAUUCUGGGGUACAGGUGGCCGAGGUGUUCGUGGACACAGUGGGGCUGGCGGACAAGUACGAGGCAAGGCUGCGGCAGCGCUUCCCAGGGCUGGGGGUGACCGUGCGCCCCAAAGCCGACGGGCUCUUCCCUGUCGUCAGCGCCGCCAGCAUCUGCGCCAAGGUCGCCCGUGACCGGGCCGUGAAGCACUGGAAGUUUGCGGAGGACCUGGGGGACAUCGACCGGGACUACGGCUCAGGGUACCCCAACGACCCCAAGACGAAGGAGUGGCUGCGGCGGCACCUCGAGCCCGUCUUCGGGUUCCCCCAGCUCGUGCGCUUCAGCUGGGGGACGGCGCGGGAGCUGCUGCAGCGCGGGGGGGUCCCCGUCAAGUGGGCCGACGAGGACCCCGCAGAGGACCCUGAGGCCCCCCCCUCGCUGCUCUCCUACUUCGCCCGGGGCCCCCCCCGGCGCCCCCCCCACCGCUUCUUCUAUGAGCGCAGACUGCGGCCCCUGGCUGAGCUGUGA